AAACUCUUCUAUGCCAAGAAAACCAUGGUCCCCUAUAUAAAGACGAACAAACCAAAACUAAGUAAUAGGAGAGAAGGAGAUAGAUCCGAUUCACCAAAAAAAGAUGAGAAUCACUGUAAUGACAGCUGACGAACACAUCAUAUCUCUAGAUGUGGAUCCCCAUGAAUCUGUUGAGAACGUGAAAGCUCUUCUUGAAGUGGAGACACAGGUGCCACUGCAGCAGCAGCAGCUGCUGUAUAAUGGGAGAGAAAUGAGGAAUAAUGAGAAAUUGAGUGCAUUGGGCGUUAAGGAUGAGGAUUUAAUGAUGAUGGUCUCCAGUGCUGCACACAGAGCUCCUGCAAAUGAUUUGAGCUUCAAUCCUGAUGGGUCUGCUGUGAAUCCUGAGGCUUUCCAACAACAUAUUCGGCAUGAUUCUAAUUUGAUGGCCCAACUAUUUCAGACUGAUCCAGAACUUGCACAAGUUCUUCUUGGCAAUGACCUCAGCAAACUGCAGGAGCUCUUGCGGCAACGGCAUCGCCAGAAAUCUGAAUUGCAGCGCCAACAAGAGGAGGAACUAGCUCUUCUUGAUGCAGAUCCUUUUGAUGUUGAGGCACAGAAGAAAAUUGAAGCUGCCAUUCGCCAGAAAGGAAUUGAUGAGAACUGGGCAGCUGCAUUGGAAUACAACCCUGAAGCUUUUGCUAGGGUGGUUAUGUUGUACGUUGACAUGGAAGUUAAUGGCGUCCCUUUAAAGGCAUUUGUUGAUAGUGGUGCUCAGUCGACAAUAAUAUCGAAAAGCUGUGCUGAACGAUGUGGAUUGCUGAGGCUUUUGGAUCAACGAUAUAGAGGGAUUGCUCGUGGAGUGGGUCAAUCUGAGAUAUUGGGACGGAUACAUGUAGCUCCAAUAAAGAUUGGGAACAUAUUUUAUCCUUGCUCCUUCCUAGUGCUGGAUUCUCCCAACAUGGAAUUUCUUUUCGGGCUCGAUAUGCUGAGAAAGCACCAGUGCAUUAUUGAUUUGAAGGAGAAUGUUUUGAGAGUUGGGGGUGGAGAAGUUUCUGUACCAUUUUUGCAAGAAAAAGACAUUCCAUCACAUAUUCUGGAUGAAGAGAACCUUGCCAAAGAAGCAUCCAGCUCAGUAAACCCAGGGAUAUCAGGAGCAAUGGAUAAGAAGAGCAAUGUACCUGCAGGUCAAUCUUCUGGAGUUGCACGUGGCAAUGCAACACAGGGACCUGAGUUUGAAGCCAAGGUUGUAAAGCUCGUUGAGUUAGGAUUUGGAAGGGAUGCCGUGAUACAAGCUCUUAAAUUAUUUGAUGGGAAUGAAGAACAAGCUGCUGGAUUCCUUUUUGGUGGUUGAAGACAACUCCUCAUGUAUUCUUUAGUUUCUCAUUCAUUGUGGGGAAAAAUAUUGAUCUCAGUAAUUUAAUGACAGCUUUACAAAUUCAGAAGGAAGAAAAGAAAGGUUUUCAGAAAGAAAAGGACAAUUUGCUUCCACAAACUAGUUUUGCAAUUCAAUGGAAAGUAAAUUUAACAGUUACUGAUUUUCUUUCCUUAUUUAUUUCAACUUAACCAUGGAAAAGACAUCUGAUGGUGUUUAUUGGCAUUUCUAUUUUCCCGAUA